CUUGCUGCAAAUCCACAGCUCCUGCACCGCCUCCUGUCACAAUGGCGCUCGAUCUCGCUUCCGCGCCUACCAAUCUCCAGCUGCAGAGCCCUCUCUUUGGCAUCCUACCGGGCGAAAUCCGCAAUGAAAUCUUCGAAUUGGCCCUCAUGCAGGAGGAAGACAAUGCAGAGGCGUACCCCGAGGAUUCAUAUUGGUACAGACCGGGGUUCGCUGGACCGCACAAAGGAAGUAGUGCGUUACUGCGCACAUGCAGAUUGGCGUAUAAAGAAGGCCAGAAGGUGUUUCUGAAGAACCUCGAGUGGGCGUUUUGGUUCGAUCGUGGCCCAGAAGGACGCACAACAAAAGACGCAUGUGAACGCUUCUUCAACAACCUCACUCCGCAGGCUGCAGAGGCACUGCAGAAAGUUCGCUUCUUCACACAAAUGUACUGGCUCGAACGUGGCCAGAAUACCUUUUAUUUAUUUUCUCUUGCCAAGUUCCGCCCGACCCAACUCACAAUCACCAUACGCUACUCGGACUGGUGGUUCUGGGAGAAUGACGAGCCGCUAAGGAUGCAUGAAGAUUGGCUGCGUUACUUCAGAGGAAGCCCUGGACUGCGCACGCUCAAGGUCGAGUACGAGACGCUGGAGUGGAAAAAGGAGGAGAUGAUGCGCAUUGUUCGGCGGAACAAGGCAUGGAAAUUGCCCGUGAGAAGAGAAGGUGCCCGUUUCGAGGACCAUGACUUGGAAGGCUAUCUCAGCGCCGAAACGACGGAGCUCAAGGAGUGGACGUGGAGGGGAACGAGUAGGCUUGGGGGCCAGACGUGGAAUCAUCAUGGCGCUGCUGAUACGGUGCAGUACGUGGUUGUCAUGGACACUUGGAGGUUCGUCGAGGGUCAGCUGAGUGAGAGCGAACUAGAAGGCCGUGUGGCCCCAUGGUCCAGUAUGUGGUUGUCAUGGAGUUUUCGAGAGUCAAGUUACUGAGAAAGAAUUAGAAGACCGCCUGGCGUCAUGGAGUAGGCUUCAAAUGCGAGGUCGCGCGAGGUAUGGAGGGAUUGCAGGACGCCGUGUGAUGUGAAUUCGCAGUGGGUAGACUCCUCUAACACGCACUUGGAACAAGGGCUACUGAUUGGGCAGACAG